AUGACUAUGCGACUGUGCUUGCUCUGUUUUACAGCUUUCAAUCUCGUCACUAGCGUCACGAUCACCAUCACGCCGUCCAACGUGACCGCGUUUAGGGGUGAUGACGUCACACUAGAGUGUGGAACUGGACGGCAGAAACCGGGAGAACUUGUCAUCUGGAAAAAGAUUUCAGGCACCAACGAGCGAAUUGCUUCAAUCAACAACAGGUCGACAAACAGUUACAAGUUUUAUAUCAGGAACACCUACAACCUUGUCAUUCGUGACGUCACGGUUAUGGAUGACGGGCUGUACCAAUGUGACGCAGAAACAAAUACGGCCACCGCGUACGUGUCUGUUUCAGUGCCGAUGGAACGUCUUACCCUGACGUCUGAUAUGACGUCAGUAUCGCCUAGUGACGGUGACGUUAACCUGACGUGUCGGUCUUGGCACAGCCAUCCGCCUGCAGAUCUCAGAUGGUUCAAAGGACAACGAGAACUAAAUGACAUUACGACUGUUACUUCUAAGAUAUACCAAAGCGAUGGUUUCGGUGACUGUGAGAGCACAAUCACUGUGCGCAUGCGUAGCGGCGAGGGCGACAUCCCGUUCCGGUGUGUGGCAGAUCUUCCCGCCAAGACCGCCAUCAAAGAGGUGUUUCUCUUCCCACGCGUUACCAGUAUGUACUCCACGUUUUCAUUGUAG